GGCACUUGCAAAACCUUUGACUUCUUUAAUGCCAAGUAUAUUAUUAAUAAGUUUCUUUUUUGUUUAUGAAAUUAUUGACGCCGAAAAACGUUGGAGUCUUGUAGGUAAAGAUAAGAGCCAGUAUAAAGA